CGAAUCUAUCCCCUUCAUCCUUCCCCCUUCCCCCUUCUCCCUUCCCAUCGGCACUCGUUAUAGUUUAAACCCUAUCGGUUUGCUGGUUAAUGUUAACGCCAAUGGAGCUACUCAGAUCAAACCUCUCUCGAGUUCGAAUUCCAGAGCCCACCAAUCGUAUUUACAAGCAAGAAUGCUGCAUUUCUUUCGAUUCUCCGAAAUCGGAUGGUGGUUUGUUUAUAGAUAUGAACUCGUUUCUUGCGUUUGGGAAGGAUUAUGUGGGUUGGAACUACGAGAAGACUGGAAAUCCUGUUUAUUUGCAUAUAAAGCAGACGAAGAAAUCAGUGCCUGAGGAUAGACCUCUCAAGAAGCCGACCCUUCUUGCAAUAGGAGUUGAUGGUGGAUUUGACAACCAUGAACCUGAAUAUGAAGAAAGUCACAGCAUCAUCAUAUUGCCAGAAUUCGUGUCUCUUUCAUUUCCUUCUGUUGAAUUGCCAGAAAAGGUCAGAUUGGCUGUUGAUGCUAUUCUAAUGGCUGAGGGUGCCGAGCGGAAAGAGCAAGUAGCAUCUUGGACAGCUGAUAAGAAGCAAGAUAGUGCUUAUGCCAUGGAUCUUCAACAGGUUGACAGUGGCGUCAUUGUGCCUCCAUCUGGGUGGAAAUGUUGCAAAUGUGACAAGACUGAUAAUCUUUGGCUAAACUUGACUGAUGGAAUGAUUCUCUGUGGGAGGAAAAAUUGGGAUGGAAGUGGUGGAAACAACCAUGCUCUUGAACAUUACAAGGAAACUAACUAUCCUCUCGCUGUAAAGCUUGGUACUAUAACUGCUGAUUUGGAAGGAGCAGAUGUUUUCUCUUAUCCGGAGGAUGAAAUCGUUGCGGACCCGCUGUUAGCGCAACAUUUGGCAUUUUUUGGCAUUGACUUCUCAUCGUUGCAAAAGACCGAAAUGACAACUGCUGAAAAGGAACUUGACCAGAAUACCAAUUUUGAUUGGAACCGCAUACAAGAAAGUGGAGAAGAAGUGGAACCGCUAUUUGGACCUGGUUACACUGGGCUUAUCAAUCUUGGGAAUAGUUGUUAUUUGGCAGCAACAAUGCAAGUAGUAUUCUCAACAGAUUCUUUCUCUUCAAGGUAUUACAAGAAACAGAGUCUGAAACAGGGAUUUGAGAGUGCUCCUGCUGAUCCAACUGUAGACCUAAAUACACAGUUGACAAAACUGGGGCAUGGUUUGCUUUCUGGCAAAUAUUCAGUCCCGGCAGAGGAGAAACAGGAAGGGAUACCUCCUCGCAUGUUUAAAGCAGUUAUUGCAGCUAGCCAUCCUGAGUUUUCUAGUAUGCGGCAGCAGGAUGCUUUGGAGUUCUUCCUACAUCUUCUUGAUCAAGUUGAACGGGCUAAUGCUGGCAAGCCUGAACCGGAUCCAUCAAGGAGUUUCAAGUUUGGUAUUGAAGAACGACUUCAGUGUUCGUCUGGAAAAGUUGCUUACAAUAAAAGGGUUGACUGCAUUCUCUCUUUGAAUAUUCCUUUGCAUGAAGCAAUUAAUAAAGAACAGCUAGAAGCCUUUCAGAGGUUGAAAGCAGCAAAGAGUUUGGAAGGGAAGGAAGUAUCUGCAGAGGAAAUUGUGCGUCCAAGGGUGCCCCUAGAAGCAUGUUUGGCAAGUUUUUCAGCUCCAGAGGAGGUUCAUGAUUUUUAUAGUGCUGCCUUGAAUGCUAGGACAACAGCAAUUAAAACUGCUGGCUUGACUUCAUUUCCUGAUUAUCUAGUGUUGCAUAUGCGAAAAUUUGUUAUGGAGGCAGGCUGGGUGCCAAAAAAGCUUGAUGUCUAUAUAGAUGUUCCAGAUGUUAUAGAUAUUAGUCACAUGCGAAGCAAUGGUCUUCGGCCGGGAGAAGAACUUUUACCACAAACAGUUGCUGAGAGUGGAGUAGAAGCAAGUAAACCUUCAGCCAACGAGGAUAUUGUAUCCCAGCUUGCAGACAUGGGAUUUAACUAUCUUCACUGUCAGAAAGCUGCUAUCAACACCUCAAAUACUGGUGUGGAAGAAGCAAUGAAUUGGUUGCUUUCUCACAUGAACGAUUCAGAUAUAGACGAUCCUAUUUCGCAAGAGGCACAGACUGCUGAGGUGCUGUUAUCAUUUGUUGACCAAUCAAAAGUAGAUACAUUGGUGUCAUUUGGAUUUGAGGAAGAGGUUGCUAGAAAAGCAUUAAAAGCAUCGGGUGGGGAUAUUGAGAAGGCCACAGAUUGGAUAUUUAACCAACCCCAGGUUUCUGCUUCGGCAGACAUGGAUACUACAUCUAGCAGUGCACAAAGUGCGACUGAUGAGGGCCUACCUGAUGGAGGAGGAAGGUACAAGCUUAUUGGACUGGUGAGCCACAUAGGUACCUCUACUCAGUGUGGACACUACGUCGCUCAUGUCUACAAAGAUGGGAGAUGGGUGAUCUUCAAUGAUGACAAAGUUGGGGCAUCUGUGAAUCCCCCCAAAGACAUGGGAUACUUAUACUUCUUUGAGAGACUAAAAUGCUGAAAAUGCGGAAGGGACUUUUGACUAGCCCCGGUACCAGUAACCCCCAGGGUUUUGGUGAUGUGGAAUGGUUUUGACCACUGCUUUGAGCGGUGGUAAUGGAGCUGUUUUAUCCUGAGCUACCGAGUUCUCAUCAGGCAUCAUUUCUAAUUCAGCAAUUGCUGCCAAAAUAAAACAUUCUUUUUGUCCCCUUUUUAUUGGAGCUUUCAUAAACGAUUUGUGAAUAUAUUAAAUUACUAGAUGAGUGGUUUAUCUUAUUAGUCCUUGUGAAACUAGUUAAGAUUGUGUGCGUGUGUUUUCUCCUUGUUCUGUUUUGGGAAGCUGACCUGAUAAUCUUUUAGAGAGGUUACUGUAUAUCAUUCAAGGUUUUAGUUGAUCCCCUAA